AUGCAGAACCUUAGACAUCUUGUCCUUGCUUUGGUUCUCUCUCUCUAUGUGAGCCGCUACGUUGGACUGUCAAAUGGUCAAAAUGCUACUGCAGUGAAGGUUGAUGUUGGGGUUAUUCUUGAUUUGAACACAACAGUCGGAAAGGCAUUUCCAAUGGGUUCUCCCCUCGUACCUGAGGUUUCAAGAGCAAUCUUGAACGUGACAGAGGGAGAUAAAAUGACAAGAUUUACGCAAAAAUGGUUAGGGGAUGAGGCUGACUGUCCGGAGCAAGAUGGAGCAGUUGUCACCACGGAUAGCAUGAAACUACAAAGUUUUACGGGCCUUUUCCUCGUCGCCGGGAUAUCAUCAUCUUUAGCUCUCAUUAUUUUCUUAUUGAUAUUUCUACACGAGAACAGGGACGUAUUAGCUUCCCAUGAUUCUGUCUGGCAAAAGCUCGUUGCAAUGGCGAAAAUUUUUGGUGAGGAAAAAGAGAACUCUCGUAAUGUUUCCAAAAAGAUGACCACUGAACCAAAUGAUCACGACCUGGCCACAACAGCUAAUUCUGUUCCAGAAGAUAUUAUAGCUGCUGGCUCUCCACAAAGUCCAGCCAUCAGCAUUUCCCACCACGGGGACGGGGACGACAUUUUCUCUCAGGACGAAGGGUUCUCUACAACAGAACCGGGAACUCCGAUCCAUGACUCCAUAGCCAUUACAGAAACUAUUAGAGAAAGAUGA